AUGUCAUCACUCGCAAACAAUGCAAGAAUUAAUCUUACUACAAUAGGAACAAGUACACGUCCUGGUCCUCACGCCGCACGUGAUAUAGCCUUAGACAUUGAGCGGCAGAACGACGCGUGUAUUUAUGUGACGUCCAGCCAGUCCCAUAAUGGCAACACAAUAUCACAAUACGGGCAUAGAUUUAUGCUCGGGCGCAUCGUUCUCGCACACGGAAAUCCCAUAGUUAUUUACCGUUUGGAAGUUAAGUGCGGCAGAUUUAUCGGUUGUGUGGCCGCGCCUAGCGACGAUCUUGUUUCUCCGCCAGUGCAUUAA